AUGGUCCAACCAUGGGUAAAUGGUACCACUGCCUUGUGGGUAGCUGUUGAUUCAGCAAAGGCUAGGGGAGCACACCCCAACAGAAAUCCGGUGCAGGAUGGCACUGGGAGUCGCCAGCCACAAACUUGCAUCCACGCGGCCAGAGCCAAGUGGUCGUCUCAUCCUGACAAGAGGCAACAGGGUGAUUCGGCAGAAGCUCUGGACGACGGAGCAGCCCUAUUUAGGGAGUGCACUGCUCCCCCCCUGUCCGGGGAAGGGCCUAGAAAAGGUGGCCUAUACAAAGCUUGCUUCACCUCGAUCCUGCCAGCUUGCCGCGGCUGGCUGGACAUCCACCUCUGCGGUCGAAAAAGACAUAAGUCAAGAAAAAUCUAUUUUGGUGCAUGGAAUGUGCGGACCCUUAUGGAUGCUGACCAACGUCCUGAACGCAUGACAGCUAUUGUUGGUCAUGGGCUGGCCAGGUACAACAUUGCCAUAGCCGCACUCAGUGAAACCAGAAGGGCAGACACAGGCAGUGUGAGAGAGAUGGGAGUAGGUUACACUUUCUUCUGGAGUGGCAAAAUGGAGACCGAACCACGUGUCUCUGGUGUAGGCUUUGCCAUACGGAAUGACAUAGCCUCAUGUCUCACAUCUCUUCCAAAAGGGAUCUCAGAUCGCAUAAUGACUCUUCGCCUGCCCUUGGCAAGCAAGACACAUCUGACCCUCAUCGGCGUCUACGCACCCACUAUGACUCAUUCCAUGGAGGAGAGGGAGGCUUUCUACUCGAGCCUGCACAAAGUCAUCCGCAGUGUACCAAGAAGGGAUAAGCUAUUGCUGCUUGGUGAUUUUAACGCCCGGGUUGGCAGAAACAAGGAUGCCUGGCCUGGGGAGUUGGGCUCACAUGGAUAUGGCAGGGAGAACUCAAUUGGUCUGCUGCUGCUCAGCCUCUGUGCAGAGGAAAACUUGGUGAUCACCAACACUCUUUUCAAACACAAGGAUGCACACAAGGUCACCUGGAUGCACCCAAGAUCGAAGCAUUGGCAUUUGCUAGACUAUAUUAUUAACAGACAACAGGACCUUGGAGACAUUCUUGAUACCAGAGCACUGAGAGGCGCAGACUGUUGGACUGACCAUAUCCUCCUAAGAUGCAAAGCCCUCUUCACCAUACACAAAUCAGUAAAAAAGAAGCCAAGCUGCAUUAAAAGGAAGCUUGAUGUAUCACAACUCAAGUGCAGUAAUGUUCAAAAGACGCUGCAGGAGCAGUUGUGCGAGCAACUUCCCGCCCUGCCCGUCGACACUGACACACCUGAGCAUGCCUGGCGCAAGUUUAGGGAAGCACUGAGUGACAAGAAUUCUGCUCCCAAGCACGCCCAAUUCAAGCAGCUUCGCAGGCAGGUGCAAAGCCGCACGAGGGAACUGAAGAAUGCCUGGUGGGCAGACAAAGCUGCUGAGACCUCAGCAGUGGCCGAUGAAGCACUGGAAGGCAUUCAGCAGCAUCCCAUCAUCCUAGAACUUGAUGCCCCACCAAAUACUGCAGAGACCGUUGCAGCCGUCAAACAGCUGCAAACAGGCAAGGCCCCUGGUCCAGAUGGAAUACCAGCUGAGGUGUUUAAAGCUGGCGUUGAAGCUCUGAUCACCCACCUGACCAGGCUGUUCCAAGUGUUCUGGGCAAACGGUAAGCUCCCUCAGGACUUCAGGGAUGCUAACAUCAUCCACUAG